GUUUGCUAUCAAACACAAUUAUUGUAAAAACAGUCCAUCUGUUGUGUACUGUUGUAAUAAGGAUUUAUUUUUUUAGAUUCAAAUGGACAUACCACAAGUGAGACAGAAGAGCCUUCAACUUCAAAAAACAGAAAUGGACAAAACGUUAAAGAGAUGGGAACAGUGGAUAUUAAUGAAAAUAACUGUGAGAGAGAAUAUUCAGGUGAUGGAACGGAUCUUCCGUUUGCAGGUUCUGACUCUGAUGAAGAUCCCAACUACAUUGAAUCACACCCUACUUCCAAUUCUUCGGGAAAUGAGGUCAUAGAACGCCAUAGAAGGAGCAAGAAAACAAGCAAUGCUCUGAAGAUUGUGAAAGAAAAUAACCAAAGAGGUGAAGUAGAAGACAAUAACCAAAAAGGUAAAGUAGAAGUUAAACUAACAAGAAAGCGGAAACGUUUGAUAACAACUUGGAAAAGAAAUAAACAACGACAGCUUAGGCUUGAAGGUAAAGAACACUUAUCUCAAAAUGGAAACAUUGUGAGAGGUAAAGCUGUUAAACCAGUAAUGUGUAAAUGUCAUUAUAACUGUAAUGAAAAAUUUAGCAUGCACGAAAGAGAAUAAAUUUUUAAUGACUAUUUAUCCCUUAAAGAUGAGAGGUCAAGGUGGAGCUUUAUCAGCAAGUGUGUUUCAAAGAAUGUGCCAAAAAGGCGGUAUGCAGUAAUUGAUGAAACCAAUGCUUUUUCAAGAAGAAAAUAUACCCCUAGUGUACUCUUUGACAUCUCCGAUAGGAAAACAACAAGUUUGCAAAAACUUUUUUCUCGGCGCUUUAGAUAUUUCUGGGAAAAAAAUCGAAACCGCGAUGAAAAAGACCCUAGAUACUGGAGUUGUAGAAGAAGACAAAAGAGGUUUCAACCCAGCCCCAAAUAAAAUUACAGAACACCAUAGAGAGAUUGUACGAAGUCACAUAAAUUCAAUUCAAGUAGUAGAAUCACACUAUUGUAGGACUUCUUCUAAAAGGAUGUAUCUCCCUUCUGGGUUAUCAGAAAAUCGCUUGUAUCAAGAUUAUCUGAAAUAUUGCGAAGGGCUCAAUGAGACACCAGUCACUUCUUCUUUCUACAAGCAUAUUUUCACUACAGAAUAUAAUUAUGGUUUCCAUAGACUCAAGAAAGAUCAAUGCGAUUAUUGCACUCAGUUUAAAAAUAAAUCAGAGGAUGAAAAAUUAAAGAGUCAACAUGAUUUUGAGUAACAUAUUUUAAGAAAACAAGAAGCCAAAGAAAGGGCUCGUAAUGAUACAAGCUUCGGGUCAUACACCAUGGAUUUGGAAAAAAUCUUACUUACUCCUCAGCUUGGAAUUGGGCAAUUGUACUACAAAAAAAAAAAAAUUUUAAGACAUAUAAUUUUACAGUUUAUACACUUGCAGAUGGAACUGUGUCAAAUUUCAUGUGGCACGAAACUGACGGGACUAAAGGAGCAUCAGAAGUAGCUACCUGUUUGUGGCAGUUACUUUCUGAUUUGCCUCCUGAAGUAACUGAAGUGACAUUUUAUUCUGACACUGCUUCUGGACAGAAUCGAAAUACGAUUGUGUCUGCAAUGUUUAUAAAAGCUUUAUCUUUAUCAGAUACCUUAAAAGUUAUCAAUCAAAAGUUUAUGGAGUCGGGACAUUCAGAAAUGGAAAGCGACAGUGUCCAUUCUACUAUUGAAAAUAGAGGAAGAAAAAUAGAUAUAUUCAUUCCAGACCAGUGGUAUACAGUGGCAAGAACGACCAAAUUGAGUAAUCCUCCUGUACUGUGAAGGAAAUGGAUUACACUAAAUUCCUAGAUUUUAAAACAUAUAGCAAACAACUAAUAACAAACGGGAAUAAAAAUGUAGAUGGCAAUAUUAUGAGGUGGCUGGAUGUUAAGUGGUUACAGUUUAAAAAAGAUUCACCAUUGUAUAUUUAUUAUAAAAACCAGUUAAGUGAAAAAGAUUUCCAACAAUUAUGCAUUAGGAGGCCAACCCGGGAAAAAUUUACUACAAAUAAUGUUGACCAACUUAUACCACUCCCGCUUUUCAAUUGACGAAAAAAAAAUUAAAAGAUUUAUUAUCUCUAUGUAGCACAAAUAAAAUACCGUCCGCCUACCAUGAAUUUUACCAAAACCUGGGAACUACUGGGAGCACUAACUCUGACUCUGAUGUAUUUGAGAAGAUGUAAUCAUUUUACAUGACUUCUUAUUUCUUGUACAUGAUAUAAUUAUAAAUUUAAUUUGAAAAUUAA